UGCCGCCCAAGCAAAAUUUACAAAAAAUGUAAACAAGCAAAAUAAUUUCAAGCAUGUUUUUGGCUUCCGUACACACGAAUUUAAGAGAUGCCAUUGUAAUAUUUUUCCAAGUCGUUGAAAUUUAGUUCAUAACAAUGGAGAAUUUCCACCAAAUUAUGCCUCUAAGUACAUCUGGAAAUGAAGUUGCUGGCUAUAUUAAUGUAUUGGGUGAAGAAUUUUACAUCCAUUUAAAAGUUCAAGAUACUGCAGCUCCAAGAAAAGUACUUUUAAGAGGUUGUGAAAAAGUAAAUGAAAUAUUGAAACCUAUAUUGGAUAAUCUGAAACAGCAUCUGCAUCAAAGUGGUACUGUAAACGACAUGUUGCAUGAAAUACAAAAUGCAAUAGAACAACAAAUUCGAUCUAAAGGUAUGUCAUACAGUAUGGAACCUCAUUCAGAGUAUAAUGCUUUGUUAGAGCAACUACAUACCUGUGGUUGGGACAAGGUCCGUUACAUCAGCCCCGAUUUUCAUGUUGUACAUUUAAAAUAUGUUGAUGAGUCUGACAGAGAGCAUAUUUUGAAAAUAGGGAUUCCUGAAAAGGUGAAAU